AUGGCGGGUAAGAUGGAAGAGUUGAAGGGAAUGAUUAGCGAAGUGCAAGGAAAGAAAGGAACUCGCAAAUGCACAUACAAAGAAUUUAUGGCGUGCAACCCGUUACCGUUCAAAGGAGAAAUUGAUCCUAUAGCAUGCCAAAGGUGGAUUGCAAGUACUGAAGCGGUGUUCAUAAGGAGUCAUUGUGAGAAGGAGGAUCAAGUGAUGUUCGCCACCGGUUUGCUACAACUCCGAGCUAAAGAUUGGUGGGAUGUCUAUAGUAAGGAGAUUGGGGAAGAAAAAGUUCAAGUCUUGACAUGGCAAGAGUUCAAGGAACCUUUUCUAAAGUACCACAGUCCGCAAUCUGCCAUUGACAAGAUCCAAGAAGAUUUCUUACAUCUUCGUCAGAAAGAUGAAACCAUUGAUGAAAUCACCAACGUGUUCCUUGACAAGCUGAAGUUCUGUAAAGAUAUAGCAGGAACGGAAAGAAUGAAGAUAAACCGUUAUUACGGUAUGUUGAAGGCUGAAUAUCGGGAGUUCAUAAUUCCCGCUAAAUGUGAAACUUUGAAUGAGCUCAUUGACUUGGCCCGAGAUAGGGAAAUUGAAAUAAGAAGACAAGCAGAAAGAGGCGAAAAGAGAGUAUCUGAAAAUGUUUCCAGCUCGAGCCCUUCAAAGAAACCAAAAUUUCAAGAUCAAAGCAAGAAGGAUAAGGCGAAGGGUAGUGUUCCGAAAUGCAAAACGUGUGGAAAGUUACACACGGGGGAGUGUUUGAAAGGGAAGAAGGGCUGUUACAAUUGUGGUCAAGAGGGACACCCAUACUAUAGGUGUCCUAAUCCUUCAAGAACGUGUUACAACUGUUUCCAACCGGGUCAUAUUAAGGCUGAGUGUCCCAAGCUUCAACAGAAAACCGAUAAGGAAGCAAGAAAGGAGGAAGCCCCAAGAGCUAAGGGGAGGAUGUUUCAGAUCACAACCGAGGAAGCGAAGGACCACCCGAAUGUUGUAUCAGUUUGUAGAGAUUGUGAAAUAAUCAUUGAAGACGAGAAGUUUGCCAUUGACCUUAUUCCCAUGAUUUUGGGGGAAUUUAAGGUUAUAGUUGGCAUGGAUUGGCUAGCUAAACAUCAGGCCGAAAUUCAAUGUGAGAAGAAGAUAAUUCAUGUGUUAACAUCGGAAGGAAAACGAGUAAGCAUACAAGGGGAAAGGAAUAUCAACUCGAAGCUUUGUUCUAUAGUCCAAGCAUACAAGUACGUACGAAAUGGAAACAAGGCAUUUCUAACUUACGUGGUGGAUACUAAGCAGAAUACCCCUAAGAUAGAAGAGGUUGAAGUCGUGAACGAGUUUCUUGAUGUUUUUCCGGAAGAUUUACCGGGGCUUCCACCAGAACGCGAAGUGGAUUUCAAGAUUGAAUUGUACCCUGAUGCCAAACCCGUAGCCAAGGCCCCUUAUAGGUUGGCCCCAACUGAAAUGCGGGAGUUAAUGGUUACACACCUCUCGGAUCAUUAA